CGAUGCCUCCACCGCAACUAGCACGCCUAGCGCAACCAAAAGCAUUAAUGGAACUAAAUCAUCAAGUAUAUCAAAUAUCAAUAUCACCAAGACCCCCAGCAGCGCUUUCGGACAAGUCGAUGGCAUCCGAUCAUCAGACGCUUUAUUUACUGCUGUCACUUUACUCAUUGCUCAUACAUUUGUUUCUUGAAAUGGCACUAUCAAAAACUAAUAGCAAUAAUAGUGAUCAACUCCAAGCACCAAAUCAAGCAAAAAUGUGUUGA